GGUCCUCCGAGCCUUCCCGCGCGGGCCGCUCCAUUUCCGCCGCCACCCCGCGGCCACCCGGAAGCCGCGGAGCCGAGCCGGGCGAUGUGGUGGCCGCUGCUCUGGCUGGGGCCCGCGGGCGCCGUGCGCGGGGAGGACGCGGCGCUCUCAGCUUCAAGAUGUAAAGAUUUGAAGGAAAUGGAUUUAAUUAAAACUGCUGGGUCACACUGUUACUGCUACAACCCGAAUUCUCAAAUACAAUGGACAUAUAUGUGGUCAACUCCGGAGGUGAACAUCACCAGUCCAGUCCUCUUUAGUAUUGUAUAUAUCACAGAAAGGCAUAAUUGCCAGUAUCCAGAAACGAUUCUAUCUGUUAUCAAAUGUAUAUUUCAUAACUUUUGGACACCAAAGGAGUCUAAUAAAAUAACCAUAGCUAUCAGUCCAUACAAGGAGACUGUGUGCUUCACUGUGAACCCCAUCAAGAAGACAUAUGUCUAUACAAUAAGUGUAAAUCGAAAUAUUGUGGAUUUCAAACUCUUCCUUGUGUUUGUGGCAGGCAUUGUCCUUUACUUUUAUGCAAAGACCUUAAGCCAAAGCCCCAUUUUCUAUUACACCUCAGGGACGGUGCUAGGUGUUGUGAUGACAUUAGUCUUUGUCCUGCUGUUGGUGAAAAGAUACAUCCCAAAGUAUAGCACCUUUUUGGCUUUAAUGCUUGGUUGUUGGUUUGCUUCAGUUUAUGGUAUAUACCAAUUGAUGGAAGAGCUGAAGUGGCUGUGGUAUGAAAACGGAAAAUAUAUAUUAGGCUAUGUCCUGUUAGUCGGAUGUCUAAGCUUUGCUGUCUGCUACAAACACGGGCCUCUUGUUGAGGCCCGGAGCAGAACUCUGCUGCUGUGGGCGCUGCGGCUGCUGUCCCUGGUCCUGAUCCACGCCGGCGUGGCGGUGCCUCAGCUCGCCUACGCUGCAAUGCUGCUGCUCCUGUGCUCCUAGAGUCUGCACUACCCACUAAGAGCGCUCAGUUAUCUGAAGAGGAGAGUGAAGCAGUGGCUUGCACUGGAGUGGCCAGUGGCUAAACACCUCACUGAAGACGAGUACAGGGAGCAGACUGAGGUCGAAACAGCCCGAGGUCUGGAGGACCUGCGCCAGGCCUGCCGCCAGCCCGGCUUCCCGACGUGGCUGCCCAUCUCCAGACUCCAGGAUCCUAAGAAAUUUGCAGACUUUGUUCUUGGAUCGAGCCACUUGUUGCCUAAGGAAAUGAGUCUGCAUGAAGAGCAGUAUGGCCUGGGGGGUGCCUUCUUGGAGGAGCAGCUUUUUAACCCGCCCCUGACUGUCUCCCUGCAAGUGGACCUCACUGAGAACCAGGACACAGGCACGGGGCAAGGGGCUUGAUACAAUUGACCAGAGCUACUCUGACAGCAGCUGUAGAGAAAAAUAAGCCAACUGGAAAGGAAGAUGGCUCUUACUGAAGGGAGCUUGGUAUUCCUGGCAGGUUCUGCUACCUCCUGUACUGUAGGUGGGCACCACGCUUCUGUGACAGCCAUUACCGCUUGCUUCGAUGAAGGCUUUCAUUAGGAACAAGGAAAUCAUGUUGCUCUUCAAGGAACCAGUAAGUGACGGGUGCCUAGGUAACACGAGGCACUAAUCCUCUUAAUCCCCUGAACCAGUGUCACAAGACUGCGUUACUCUCCUUACAUCUCAUCAGUAUCAGUGCUGGCAGAGACUGGAGUUACGCUGUUUCAGGGUUUUUCAGAGUACUAACAUGAGCCAGAAAGGGAUCUGAGGUCAGCUGAGAUUGAUCAAGGUUAAUCGAAUAUACUGCAGGACUUCUCAGAGCCUUUCUGAUGCUGGUGUACACUGUGACUCUCCUAAAAGGGAAAAAUCAUGCAGAGUUUCUGACUGAAUUUGACCAUGGAACCCUUUUUAAUGAAAUUAAUAUUCUUCGGAACACGUGACUGGAAAAAGUGCUUACUGGCAGAACUGCAGUGUGGGGAGGUUAAAAGACUGGUCCAAGAGCACAGAGCUAAGCAGAGGCAGUGCUGCUAGAGCUCCAGCCCUGGGGUGUCUGUCCCUUGGCUCAGGGAGAAAGAAGCCUCCCUGAGACCCAUGCUGAGGGCCAACCCUACUCCUAAGGUUGCGCUGUGUUGGCUUCCUUUUGAUUUUUUAUUUUUCAACAGUGCCCACCUGGCUAUUUAAUAACUGUGAUAAAAAGAAACGUUUCCUAAGAUUAUAUUUUAAAGUUCUGAUAGGACUUCCAUAUACAUUUAUAAGGACCAGAAAUUGUAAUUAUUUUUUAUAUAUUGAAAUGGAAGGCAUUUAACCUUUUGUGACAUUUUGAGUCAUUUUAAAAAAAUUAUUUAUGUUUAUAAUGAUGUCCUACAAAACAGACCUGUGAUACUUUUUACACAAGUCUGUUUUGUUUCUUGAUUCCUGAUGUUAAACGCAAGUGAAAUAAGGACUGAGAUCCGACCCAGAGGGAAGGAGGCCAAAGUAGAGGUCUGCAGUUUGAACACAGCAGAAUAAUCCAAGCGCAAAGAUGUUGCUGAAUUGAUUCUCUGAGAAUCCAACCCAGGUGUUUUUCUGAUGCGAUCAUAAAGGACGAGGAGUUCCUUUUAUUACGGAUCAUGGGGGAGGGACCAAGAGAAUUUGGGGACUGGAUUCCCUGAGCCAGAUUUAGUAGAACUUCUUUUUUUUGUUUUGGACCCGAGGAUUGAACUCAGGACGUUGUGCUUUUGAGGCGGGCGCCAGAACCACUGAGCUAAGUCCCUGGGCCAUUAGCAGAACUUCUUUACCCUGUGUGGUAGAGUGCAGCUGCUCAGUGAGAACUUGCUAGGUUGAUUUUCAAAUGGUGUUUCUUUUGAAGCCAUAUGUCAGUUUUUACAGAUGUGCUUUUGCAAGACCUCUUUUAAUGUCAGGAGCCUGGCUUUUUUUGUAAACCACUAAAUUCACUUGGAGCCUUUAUGUAGACUGAUGUUAAACGAUCAAAGCGUAGCUUCCAUUCACUUUUAUGAUGAUGGCGCAAGCAGCAGCUCUGAUUACUUCUGUGACAGUUGAAUCUGAUUUUUACUUUUUAUAACUAUUUAUUGGUGAUGUUAGUGUAUGAGGUAGGGCAGUGUGCUCACCCAGCUCGUCUCCUGAAAGGAGUCUGCCACCCACAUGGUGGGUGUAACGUGAGCAUCCGAGGGAGGGGACAGCUCCUUGGGCCCCUGGCCGGUGACAUCAUGAUCAGAACAGCCUGCGAAAGAGAAGAGAACACUGCCAGGAUCUCAUUUCUCAUGUUUGUUUUGAGAGGAAAUCACGGAUUUGUCUGUUUCUGUUACUUGAGUACCAUGAGAAGCUGAACAAUUAAAGGCAUUACUGGUGAUGUUGCUUGGUGUCUAAGUUGUUGUUUUAUUUCAGCUUUAAUAUAGAACUGAUCAAACUCAAAUCCCCAUCAAGUGAUGCGCAGAUUUUCCCCUCCUUGCUUCCUCCCUUCCUCGUUUUCUCUUUCCUUCCCUUUCUCUGUCCUGUUAAAGGUCUUUAAGCACUUUAAGGGACGAUGCAGUCAGACGGCAGUGUCCCCCCUUGGGCGGAAGCUGGCUUCGUGCUCCCCACCACCAUAGGUGUGGAGUUCAGGGCAGAACGAACCCUUUGCCGUGUUCUUCCUUACACUAGGUGCCUCACAAAAGCCUGCCGUUGUUAGCAAAUUGGACUGUUUGACACCGCAUGUGUGGGUGACACAGAGCGUGGGUGGCCAUGCUUAGACAAUCAUAUCAUUCAAAUGUUAUUUUAAGGCGGUUUUAAAAACAUUUUACAUAUCACAAAAAUGCUUUGUGAAUUUGUUAUAUAAUUUGCCAAUACUUCAGGUUGAAUUACAGGGGAGUGUCCAUCUGACAUUUAGGACAUUAUUUGAAUUUAUGGCCUUUUUUUAAAUCUGGAAAUUUAAAAGAUUGUAGAGUUUACAAGGUUUGGAGUAGAUGAUGGAUUGCCUCGAUGUAUCCAAACAUACAGAUGAAUUAAGACCUUGAAAUGAUGCCAAGAGGAAAAACAGGACCUGACAUUAAUCUGUGUGACUAGGCCCCAGAAUUGGAGAUGUGCAUUUGUUUAAAUUAGCUUUUUCUUCUUGAGCAGGCUCCUGUGCGUAGAUAAUAGGAAUGGUGUUGGGAUUUUGGUGAAGCCUGCAGUUGAAAGAGGUACUUUUAGAUGACCCAGGAGCAAGCUGCUUUCUGAGUCCUUGCCGCGUGCAGUGGCACUGAUGAGGUAGCCAGUGGGUGACCCUGGGCCGUCUUGACUCAAAAGUCUGAUUUCUGCCAUUGUUCUUUAAGAUCUGUCUCCUGUUAGCCAGUUUAACGAUUUAGUCCGUCCAUUUAGUGAUUCACAGUCGAAAAUAUAACUGGCAUGAGGAUAAAAUUGCAUGCCUUGGCAGCCUGGCACAUUUGCAGAAGGCAGAUUUAUGUGGGGUCAAGUCAGAAGAAGCUUCCUUGGUAAACGGAAAGGGUGAAGAGUUUUUUUACAGUCCACUUGUUUGAUGUCACGAGGCCAGAGUCCACUGCAAACACUCUUGGUGAGACAGGCUCGCUGCUGGGAUGAGACACCCAGUCUGUGGCGGAGCCACCCCUGCCUUCGUCCACAGCCUGCCAGCGACCUCCUCUGUGACCGCUGGUUUUCCAUCUUUAUUCUUGACCCAGCACCCUACCCCCUUUCAGCAGGCAUGUUUACUCAGGGCUGUUAAAAUCGUCAAGCCUUUCUCUGGCCUAAGAGUCAUACCAUCUUUCUAAGGUAACUUUACAUGGUUUUAGGUAUGACCUUUAGGCGUGGCACGUGUCUUCAUAGGUCACCAGCAAUUUGGGAUGGGCAUACUUACCAGGAUCAGUCUUGGAAGAUGCUUUCAGUGGGAUAGCUUCUUUUAUUAUUUAAAGAAUUUGGAAGCAGUUUUUUAGAUUUUUUUUUAAAUUAGUGGUCAAAAGAAGAAGAUAGUAUCAACAUUUAUUGCUUUUGUUGAUACUUCAGAGAAAGAGAAAAUGGAAAUUACGGAACAGCUCUUACAGGCUCUCUGCAGGCCUUGUUUGUUAAGGAAUUGUUACUUAUCUUUUUUUAUCUUCUUCAACUUAUGUUUUGAUCAAUUUUAUUUCUCAAUCAAGUCACAUCUCCAGCCACUUAGUGUUUACAGUACAUAUUGGAACUGAAAGGUUUAUUGCACAGUAUAUUUCGCAGGCACUUCAGUUUGUAUGGAAUGCUUAUAAACUCAAAUGUCAACAAAACACUCAGAUCGAGGCUCUGGUUGGGAAAGAGACAGCACUGCUCUUGCAGGGGCCCUUUGCCACACAACUAUAUCCAGGCAUUUAUGCACAGGCACGGUGUCAGGUAAGCAUCAGAACAACCUAUAAAACAGACACUAAAAUUACCUCCACUGCAGAGGUGGCCUGAGGCUCAGAUGCUCCAGCGCUCACCUUCCCAGCCAUAAGCCUACAGAGGUCCCUGAGUUGCCACGUGAGAACUGGGGCUUUCCUGGAGCUACAGGGGGCAGAUGGGAGCUGGGUGA